AUGGAAGCAAACACGAAGCAGCUGGCGGAGCAGUUGGCGGUUGCGAAGAUGACGGCUUUGCUGGAAGUUUUCUUGAAGGGGAAGGCGAAGGAUGUGGCGUUCCCAGUCGCAUCGGAUGCGGACUUGGUAGCUUUAGAUCAAAAAAUAAGAUCAGGGUCUAAGGAACGCUACAUUGAAGCGGCAACAGAACUUCUUAAGUGCAACAAUUUGCCAAAGGCAAAGAAGACCGUUCAUGCGAUCCUGUGCGCAUACAAUAUAGACGGCCUUAACGGAAAGAAGGCCCUUAAAGUUCAAAAUUCUUCUCAGUUUUGGUAUGUUAUUUGUGAUUUUGCAGAUAGCAAUGGUUCGUUGGAAGGCCAGCAGCCAGCGAAGAAGGGCCUGGCUCACACACUUACAUGUGUGAAAAAUAACGCAAUCAAAAAAAAGAAAAAAAUCUAUAUAAAUUAAGAAAAUAAAUAAAAAUAAAAGUCCGACAA